CUUCCUUCGUUCGUUUCUUCGUUUCCCACGCUCCCUGCCCGUCUCCACUCCGCUUCGCCCGGAUCCAUCCAACGCGGCCGUCCCGCGACGGAUUCCGCCGCACGGCCAAUCGGCCGCCACAACCCCGGGUUCUACCCAGAGAAGCAUGACACUGCCAUUCUUUUGAGUAACGGAAGCAGCAAUCAAGAAUGGCCUCGAGGGCAAUCAUUAGGAGACGGAAAUAUUAUCUGGAGCAUACUAAUGCACCUCUUUUAUUGCAUUCAUCUAAUUCCAUUUUUGGGCGAGGAACAUUUGGAUUUGAUGUUCAGCUCAGUACUGUAUGCCAUUUGUCGGAGCAGAACUCAGGAGAUUCUGACCGUGAGAAGGGGCUAUCUACCUUAAGGAAGAGAGACCAUUUGGGCCUUAGUAAUGGAUUCCUUUGGCGCCCAACUCUUGGUGCUUCUCUUGCCUCAUAUGAAUCUAAAGCACGGAAUUUGGGAUUCCCUUUGGGAGCCAGGUAUUUCCUGCAGCCAGUCCGCACAGCAUCAAAAACAGCUGGGCAGCCUAAAACUGGUGUUCUGAAUGAGCAGAGUGAGGACCAUAAGCAGCCAAAAAAGGAGGCAUCUCCAGAAGAGUGUGAUCAGGCAGUGGAAGGCUUAAGCACUGCAAAAGCAAAGGCGAAAGCUAAGCAGGUGCAGGAAGUUCAAAAGACUGACCAAUCAAUCAUACAGAAAUUCUGGGCAAGGCUUCUGGGUAUUGGUCCUGCUCUGCGUGUUGUUGCUGCAAUGAGCAGAGCGGACUGGGUUGUGAAGCUGAAGCAUUGGAAGGAAGAAUUCGUUUCUACACUGCAGCAUUAUUGGUUGGGCACUAAGCUACUGUGGGCAGAUGUUAGAAUUUCAUCAAGAUUGUUGGUGAAACUUGCUGGUGGAAAGAACCUUACAAGGAGAGAGAGGCAACAGCUUACACGCACAACAGCAGACAUGUUCAGACUGGUACCUUUCGCCGUGUUUAUCAUCAUUCCGUUCAUGGAGCUCUUACUGCCAGUGUUCCUCAAGCUAUUUCCAAACAUGUUGCCAUCCACUUUCCAGGACAAGAUGAAAGAGGAGGAGGCAUUAAAAAGGAAACUUAAAGCAAGGAUGGAGUAUGCAAAGUUCUUACAAGAAACAGCAAAAGAAAUGGCAAGAGAACUUCAAACAUCGCGUAGUGGGGAAAUGAAACAGACAGCUGAAGACCUGGAUGAGUUUUUGAACAAGGUCAGGAAAGGUGGACAUGUCUCCAAUGAAGAAAUUUUGAGCUUUGCAAAGCUAUUUAAUGAUGAACUGACUCUGGAUAACAUGAACAGAUCACGGUUAGUAAACAUGUGUAAAUAUAUGGGGAUUAAGCCUUUUGGUACGGAUCACUACUUGAGAUUCAUGCUUCGGAAGAAAUUACAAGACAUUAAGAAUGAUGAUACGAUGAUCCAGGCUGAGGGAGUGGAGUCUCUUUCUGAUGAAGAGCUCCGACAUGCUUGUCGCGAACGUGGCCACCUUGAUUUAUUAUCAAUAGAGGAGAUGCGCCAUCAGCUCAAAGACUGGUUGGAUUUAUCACUUAAUCGUUCUGUACCAUCAUCUCUUCUAAUUUUAUCAAGAGCUUUUACUGUGUCUGGAAAAAUGAAGCCUGAGGAGGCUGUUGUAGCAACGUUAUCUUCUUUGCCAGAUGAAGUUGUGGAUACAGUUGGAACAGUGUUGCCUUCUGAAGAUUCCGUCUCUGAAAGGAAGAGAAAAUUGGAAUUCCUUGAGAUGCAGGAAGAACUUAUCAAGGAGGAGGAGAAAAAGCAAGACAAAGAAGAAAAGGCAAAGCUAGACGAACCGCAGGCUACCAAAGAAGAUUUGGCUUUGAGGGAAAUGACUGAACCUACUGCUAGGGAAGAAGAGGAGCUAAAGAAAUCGAAAGAACAUGAGAAGGACCACCUUUGUGAUAUCAGUCAAGCAUUGGCUGUGCUUGCAUCUGCUUCUUCUGUUACCAAGGAGCGUGAAGAGUUUCUUAGUCUUGUCAAUAAAGAGAUAGAACUAUAUAAUACCAUGCUGGAAAAGGAGGGCACAGAGGAUGAAGAAGAGGCUAGGAGAGCAUAUAGGGUGGCCAGGGAGGAAUCAGACCAUGCUGCAGAGGUAGUUGCAGGAGAAAAGGUUUCUUCGGCAUUAAUAGAGAAGGUUGAUGCUAUGCUUCAGAAAUUAGAAAAGGAGAUUGAUGAUGUUGAUGCUCGAAUAGGAAACCGCUGGCAGCUGCUUGAUAGGGACCGUGAUGGCAUAGUAACUCCUGAAGAGGUAGCAGCAGCUGCAGACUAUCUCAAAGACACCAUGGGGAAGGAGGAAGGUGUCCAAGAGCUUAUCAGCAAUCUUUCCAAAGAUAGAGAAGGGAAUAUCCUUGUGGAAGACAUUAAGAAUCUGGCAUCGCAGACGGAGGAGAGCAAUGAACAGAAAGAGACGGCGCGAAGAUAGGUGGAAGAAUAACCACCAUGGCACCAUCUCGUGCAUGUUGACAUCAGCAGCUCCAUUCUUUUCCCAGUUUUAGUGUGGAUAUUGUCUGGAGGCAGGAUGGUCAUCCUUUUUGCUGCGACCUGCUGCGGUGGAGCGCGCUGUGAUAUUUUUCAUAAGCAUGAAUAAGUCGUUGUGGCGACAUUGCGUAUAGAUUAGCCCCUGCUGAUGCCGAUCAUUAGUCAGCUGAACAGCAACUGAUAAUUCAGCCUGCUGCCAUUCAAAUGUACCCAGUGAUUGGCAGAAUGAAACGAUAAAUCCA